AUGAAAACAAAUGAUGAUGAAUCGGAUAAUGAGAAUGAUGAUGCUGAUGAUGAUGAUCAUUCGGAUGAUGGUAAAGAUGAUGAUGAUGAUGAUGAUAAUGCUGAUGGUGAUUCGGAUGAUGACGAUGAUGAUGAUAACGAUGAUUUGGAUGAUGAUGAUGAUAAUGAUGAUUCGCACUAUGAUGAUGAUGAAACGAAUGAUGAUGAAUCGGAUGAUGAUGAUGACGAUGAUGAUGAGGUUGAUGAUGAUUGGGAUGAUGAUGAUGAUGAUGAUUCGGAUGAUGAUGUCGAUGGAGAUGAAUUGAAAGAUGAUGAUUAUAAUGAUGAUGAUGAUGGUGAAGAUGAUGAUUCGGAUGACGAUGAUGAUCCAGUUGAUGAUGCUGAUGAUAGGGACAAUGAUGAUGAUGAUGUUUCGGAUGAUGAUGAUGAUGAUGAUGAUGAUGAUGAGUUGAGUGUUUGA